GUCGCGUAUAGCCGGCCAGUCUACACGCAGUGUCUUUACCGUCUCUUUACAUCCAACACCGGCUAAAUUAUAUCAAUCGCGUUAUAUUACCACAAUAAUUAUUAUUUAAAUAAUCAUAUUAAUUCAUCAAUUAAUUAUUUAUUUAUUUAAAACAGCAAAGUAUUUUUAAUCUAUUCUAGUUACCAGUGUUUUAAAAAUUUUUUUUUUCAAGUGAUUUACUCUAGACAACAAAUUUUAUUUAUUAAUUAAUAAAUAAAUAAAAUAUGAAGAGUAUUGUAGAAAAACCAUUGUCAUGGUUCACCAUAAUUUUAGCGGCAUUUUAUUCCUUGCUUGCAAGUUGUCGAGGACAUGAAUGCGGCCAAGAAAAUCUUAUAAAGUGUGCAAGGCCACUCGGAAAAAUUACAGAUAACAACAAUCUGGGAUUUGUCACUACGAAAAAUGAACUGCAAGCACUUUGUCCAGAUUUACAAUCGAGUAUGAAGUGCAUAAACUCGUAUACCAAGAACUGCAUGCCUGAUGAACAGAGACAAAAUUUCUAUUCUCUUUAUCAAGGUGUUAAUAUUGCGAUAAAGGAGUUGUGUCAAGAAGGAAGUUAUCAAGACGCUUUUUUGAAACACGCCCCUUGUAUGCAGAAGGUUCAGACCGAUUAUGAACUAUGUUCAAAGAGAUAUCAACAGUCAGUAGUUGAAUUGGAGUCGAAGAAUAAGACAAAGUCUUCAGAAAAUAUUAAAUCUGUGUGUUGUGCAUUUCGUGAAUUUUUGGAAUGUUCCCAUCACACAGUGCGUCGGAAGUGUGGCGAAGAGACAGCCGAAUUCACCAAAGAUUUUCUUGACCGAAUGUCGGAUUCUUUAAUUAAGGUGCACUGUUCGCCUUACACCCAAAGUGAGUGCAUCGAUUCGGGGACAGCAAGCAGCAAGGUAGGAUUAGUAAUGCAAUUGACAAUGGUACUUGUCCUAGCAGCACAAUAUUUAUUUACGUAAAGGUAUCAGUCCAUCAAUACGUCUAAUCGUGUUGUGACGGAAGCAUAAAAGUGCCUUUGCUUUCCGUUCUUUCUGCGUACGUCAAACGAAAAAACAAAAUAGACAUAUAUAUAGAUGAAAACUGUACACAUUAGUCAGCAUUCAACAAAAUUAUAAAACUAUUUACGGACGUCAUUCUCAAUAAAAUAAACGUUACGAAACAACGGUUUUGUGACUGCAUAGUAAAUGAAGAUUGAAUGACUGAGCAUCAUAUAUCUAUAUCUAUAUAUAUUUACCAUCAAACUAAAAAAAAGUUUAAAGAUGUAAUGAAAUUAAUGGAAGACAGAUGAACGAUAAACUUGUGAAUAAUUCAAAGUAAUCACAACUAACUUUAUUCUCAUAAGCAAACAAUUGAAAUAAUGUUCACUUGUCUGCCGUUAGUUGAAGCUGUUAUAUGACUUGUACAUAGUUUAUGAUAAUGAUAAUAAUAAUAAUAAAAAUCAUUUUUAUUAUUAUAAUAAUUAAAAAUAAAUAUUCAUCGCGAUCGACUUAACUAUUAACUUAUUCAUAAUAUGUGUUCACAAACUUUGUUUUUCAAUUCACUCGAUGUUCACUUCAUUUAUAUUUAAUUUUAAAAUAAAAAAAAAUUCUUUAGACAUUAUAGAUGUACAUAUAUAUACAUACAUUUAAAGUAUACAGAGGAAAAAUUUCCUUGACUUUAUUCAUAUCCGUCGAGUUAAAAGUUUUGUCAUACAUUUUAGUUGCUACGAUAAUUAUUAUUAAUUUUAAGUUGUUUUUUUGCAUUUUAAAAUAAUUUAUAAUAAUUAUAGAAUGGAAUCAUUAAAAGAAAUUGACUAGUACUUGUCGUGAUUAAGUGUUGUCAAGACAAAUAUUUAGCUUUUUACUUUUCUUAGCUUCAUUGUUCUUCAUAAAAAUUCCGUUUAUAUUGAGAUCUUAGAGGUUUGUUUUAUUUAUAUAAGAGUUUAUUUGAGACAGUAGUGAAUGAGUUGUCUGUCUUGAAAAGCUCUUGAGUUUUACUUUUAAUUUACUCCUUUUAUAAUUUUCCUCUUUACAAAUGAGCAAAUGGUUCUGGCCAAAAUAUAAGUAAUGAUAUUAAUUACUUUCGUAUUUUAUUAAACUCGAAUAAUUUUUUUUUUCUUAAAUCUGAGCACGGAGAUAAAUUUAUGGUAACAAUUACAAUAUAUUACGGGAAUGGCUCUCAUAACGUAUGGGAACCGGUUUUUUUUAAAUAUUGAUUACAGGAAUGGCAUCCAUACAAAUUAUAGUAACCAUUCCCGUCUAUGUAGUUUUCAUUCCUAUAUGAUAUGUGAAUAGUUACUGUGUAAUUAUGAUAAUCGUUUCUAUAUACUAUUAUUGUAACCGUAACCGUAUAUUAUGAUAAUCGUUAUCAUAUAUUAUGGUAACCAUUACGAUUAUUAUAUGGUAAUCAUUACCGUAAUAUAUGGUAAUGAUUACCGUAAUAGUAUGAUUACCAUAAGUCAUGGUAAUUACUACUAUAUUAUUAUGUUUACGAUCACUAUGAUAUUAUGGUAACCACAAACAUAAUAUUACGGUAAUGAUUAACAUAAUAUUAUAGUAACUCUUACCGUAUAUUAUAGUAACGAUUACUGAAAUAUAUGGUAAUGGUUAUCAUAAUAGUAUGGUUACCAUAUCCUACGGUAAUCAUUACUAUAGUAUAACGGUUACUUUUACCAUAAUAUUAUAGUAACUAUUACCAUAUAUUUUAGUAACCAUUACUUUGAUAUUAUAGCAACUGUCACUGUAUUAUAUGGUAAUCAUUACCAUAACUAUUACCGUAUAUUAUAGUAACCAUUACUGUAGUAUAUGGUAAUCAUUACCGUAAUAUAUAUUAACGGUUAUCAUAAUAGUACGGUUACCAUAUGCUACGGUAAUCAUUACUAUAAUAUUAUGGUUACGAUCACCAUAAUAUUACGGUAAUGAUUACCAUAAUAUUAUAGUAGCUAUUACCAUUUCUUAUAGUAACCAUUACUAUAAUAUUAUAGCAACCUUUACAAUACUAUACGGUAGUCAUUACUGUAAUAUUAUGGUUACUUUCACCAUAAUAUUAUGUUAAUCAUAACUAUAAUAUUGUGUCGCAAUCGUUACUAUAUUGUACCGUCGUAUAUGAUAAUAGUUAUCAUUAUGUUCAUGGUAAUGAUUACUAUGACAAUCAUUAACAUAAUAUUACGGUAAUGGUUACCAUAAUACUAUGGGAAGGAUUACCAAAAUAGUAUAAGAAAGAUAACUAAUUUAUAACAUUGUGGGAACGGUUACUAUUAUGUAUAGAGUUUAUUCCCAUACACACUCAGUAACCGUUACACUGUAAAUAUGGGAUUUAAUCAUAUGUAUGGUAAUGAUUACCACAAUUUAGUUACCAUACGAUACAGAAACUAUUACCGUAGUUGUAGUUCCUAAAAUUCUCAUAGUUAUGGAAACAAUUCCAAGAAAUUAUGGGUGCAUAGUCCAUAAUUCCUAGUAAUUAUAACCAUAACGUUAUGGGUUGAUAUUUCAUGAACGUACUAUGGACAGUUACCAUAAUUUUUUCUCCGUGAGAAUAGAUAAAAUUAACUAAUAUCCUGUGUAAUAUAUAUUCAUCGGGGAAAUAUAAAAAAUAAAAUUUAGGAAGAAGUUAAUGAGUAGAGGAAAGACAAAAAAGUGAUUGAUUAUUGAUAAUAUUUUUUUUAACGAGUUAUUUUAAAACUAAAAAAAGUUUAUUGUUUAAAUAGUCAAGUUUUUAUUCGUUUUAAAUAAGUGAAUAUUAUUUUUUAUAAGACUAUAAAAGACUUGAUUAAGAAAAACUAUGCACAGAUAAUUAUCUUAUUGUUAAUAAAAAUUACCGUAUAUAUAUUAUUGUAAUAAGUAAGUAGAAAAAUUGCGUAGCUCCGGGCUACUGAAAUAAUUAAAUUUUGCCUAUUAGGCAUAAAAAAAUUAUUGAGUAUUAUAUUGUAUAAAAUAUACGUAUACUAUUUAUAAAUAUAUGUUUAUUUAAUUAAUUGUAAUAUAUGGUUAUUUACCGUUUACUUUAAUCAACAUCGAUGUAAAGUUUCCAGAUAAAAGAUAUGUUCCCGUGUGAAAAAAAAAGUUAGAAAAAAUUCAAAUAGUUGAGCCUCGAAAUUCAGAACAAAUUUUACUUUAGUCGAACUUUUCUGGCAUUUCGUACUAGAAAAUUAUCGAAAAAUCUCUGAAAAAUCGAAAUUUCCGAACAUUUGUCUGAAUGAAAUUCGAUAUUUUCUACUCUACAAAGUUUCAGAGAAUUUGAAAAUUUUGAAUUUUUUUCGAACUUUUAUUGCAGUUAAUAUAAAAUUGAUACAUUUUCUGGAAACGUUGUUAUGAAAUUUUUUUUAUUUUUCCACUUAAUUCUACUUCUUAAUUUAUAUACUCUGGUAUUUUUCAUAAAUUCGAAAAAAUCCGACCUAAUUUCGGAAUCGUCUGAAAAUUUUUUUACUAGUCGAAUAUUUCUCAAUUUUUUUUUUUCACACGGACAGUUGAUUUCGUAAUUUGUCUGAAAAAAAAUUAUUUAGAUCUACGCGGAUUUUAUUUUAAAACACUGAUAGAAGGAUUUGUUUAGGAGUAAUAAAUUGAUUUAUUAAAUUUUUCUCAACUGACUUUUUUGGAUUUAACAAAUAUUUAGUAAUUAUUAACAAUAUUUAUUAUAAUGAAAUAAGUAACUUCUUUAUUAUUAAGAAAUGUUUUUAAUGCUAACAAAGCCUUAUUAACAUAAAAGAAAUAUUUGUUAGCACCAAACAAGGCUUGUUAAUAUUUAAUAAAUAUUUCUUAGACGAAUUUGUCGGUAGAGGGCUACACACGAGCCUGUAGUGGUGUACAAGUAUUAAAAAAGCUAUAUGUGUGUGUCGUUGCGACGUCAUAUUGUUUACUCCGUUCUAGCUUGCAUUGUUGGUUAAACGUAACCUACAACUGAAGCUCUCAUAUACUUAAAUAAUAUUUAUAUCAGAAGUAUUUUGUAAAUUGUCAUCCAUAUUAUAACUAUGAAAAUAUGGAAGCCUUGUUAAUUUUAUUCAGUUCAAUUUUAAUCAAAUAUAAAACCAUUAAAAACACAUGUACUAUCAAACGGAUUUUAUGUUAUUUCUCAGCGUAGUUUAAUAUAAGAAAUUUUAAUUUGUUUAUUCUAGUUAUAGUGUUAAUUACUAUGAAAUUGUAUUUUGAAAUUAAAAGAACAGAAAAUUUUAUACGAUGGUUGUUUUAGUUAUUUUUGUUUAUAAAUACAAAUAUUAAUGAAUGUGUGUAGCUGCAUGCAAAAACAUAUAUAGAUAUAUAUUCUUGAACUGUGUGAUUUUAUGAAUUAAAUUUUAAUAAAUAAGUUAAUAGAUAAUUUCUUAAAUAUAAAAAAAAAAUUUGUUCAAAUAAUAAAAAAUAUAUUAAAUAUAAAAUAUUCAUUUAUUAAUUAUUAAAAAGUGAUUCUUUAAAUGUUAAAAAGUGAUUUAUUAAAUACUAAUAAAUCAUUUUUUAAAUGGAAAGAAAUCGUUUAUUAAAUAUUAACAAAUCGUUUAUUAGAUGCUAAGAAAUAUUUAUUAAAUACAAAAAAAUGAUGUUUAAGAAAUGAUUUGUUAAAUAUUAAUAAAUAUUUCUUAAAUAAAGCUCCGUUAAGAAAUAAUUUGUUAAAUAUUAACAAAUCUUUUUUAAUACUAAGAAAUCCUUCUAUCAGUGAAUAAUAGUUCAAUGUAUAUGUGAGAAGAUCUAUAUAGAUUUAUGUUGAUUUCUGUAGAGACAAGUAGAUCUAAAAAUUUAAAACAAAGAAAGAUCUAUGUAGUUUUUUAUAGAUCUUAUUUAUUUUGUUCAUUAUGAAACCCAAGAAAAAAAUUUAGAGUGUAGUAGAUCUAAUUUUAUUAAAAUUUAUUUAGAUCUAUGUAGAUCCAUGAUUUAUGUAGAUUUGUGAUCUAUGUAGAUCAAAACUAAAGGAAGGCAAAAUAUCAUACUGUAAAAAUAAAAAAAUAUUUCAAAGCCUUAUGAAAAAUCGAAAAAAUUAAGAUCCAGAUCUUUAUGAAUCCUUAUAGAUCUAUUGAUAUCAAUGUAGAUUUCAAAUUAACCCAAAUUAAAUCUUCUGUGAUCUAAUCAAACCUCGUUAGAUCUAAAUUAUUUUUGCCAAAGGAUCUAUAAAGAUUGAACUAGAUCCUCAUCAAUAUUUAUAGAUCCUUAUAGAUUUUAGAAGAUGAUUUUCGAAAAUUUAAAAAUUUUUUUAGGUGAAAGAGAAAAUAUAAUUUUUAAAUUAAUAAAUAUUAAACAAAACGGUAAUGAUUUUUAUAUACAUAUAUAUAAAAUGUAUACAGUAUUUAUGCAUAAGUCACCGGUAUCUAAAAAUAAUUUAUUUGUAUUAUAGCAUGAUAUAAAAAUAAUAAGUAAGUGUAAAUAAUUUAUUUAGAUAUUCAAAGUGCU